AUGGACGUCAUAAAAUACAGCAUUUUCAGGGUUUCGGCAGGUUCCGGCAGGUUCCGGCAGGUUUCGCAGAAGGGUCCAAAAAACGGAAACUAUUUCGGCAUUGGCAAACUAUCCGCCGAUGGCAAAAUCACUGCAGCAACAGUACAAGCCGCCGCUGCUCCUAACGGCGGCAUACAGCAGCUGGAGCUGGUGGAAUUUACGGACGCCUUUAGCGUGCCGCAUCUAGCCUUCGACCCCGUGCAGCGCAAACUUUUCCUUAACACGAAACCGCGCCACAUCCAUGCCUCAGCUGAGUCUAAGCACCAGCUCUACCUUCAGCGGCUGCUGCUAAUUCAGCAGCGCCUGCAGCGCAGCCGCAUGUUCCAACAAAGUAAUUUGUUGCUGCCAAACUCCAGCAGCAGGGGGCAUUCGGUGCAGCUCACGGACCUUCAAUCCCUGAUGGGUGUGUUUGGUGUGACCCGCUACGUGCUGGGCUGCAUCAGCCGAGCUGAGGACGGAAGGUAUGUGCUGGAGGACACCACGGGUGCCGUACCGCUGGACCUCAGCGCAGCGGAGACAGCGGCGGGCUUCUACACAGGGUUUUCCGGCGUGUUGACCGUGCCGUCUGUGUUUGUCUUGAUGGGCAAUUUCCACUCGCGGGCCGGAGGCGGCGGCUGCAACGGACGUCAUGGGCUGGGCGGUGGCGGUGGCGGCAGUGACGCGAUGUCGGGUGGCAGUGACGUGGACUACGGCACCAUGCGGGAGUUGUUCGGGCAGCUGGCGAGCCUCAUUGACCAGUACCCUCGGCUCAAGGUAUAA